CGUAGUAUGAGGUUUGUCCCUAACUACCAACAUGUUGGAAAGCGGUCUCGGGAGGCUUUCAAAGCUACAUGAUUUCAAGGAGAGGAUUCAGGUAUUCCGUGAUCACCUCGUCACCCUAGGUCUCCUGGACGAGGACACACGAUCCGAGCUGGUAGACCAAGAAACGGGAACGUGCCACUUUUGUGAUGCCAAUCUCACCCAAUGCCCGUUAUGCCGUGCCGUGACAUGCCCGAGCUCCAGCUCGAGCUGCCCUGUCUCGCAGGUCGCGCCGGGACCGAUGGUGCGAUGCGUGUAUCACCCUACGACACGGUGCUGCAGCUCGUGUCUGCACCGUCGUGACUCUGGAAGUUCUACUUCUGCGGGACCGUCAUCUUGGCCUUCAUCUUCCCCCACCGUUACAUCCCCUUCUUCUUCCCCGGUUCGUGGCACGGUCGCAGGCGGACCGCCGUCACGCCAAUCUCUGUCGACGUGCCCAGAAUGCCACAGUGUCUGCUGUGCGACAGACAUGAUGUGGUGCAUCGGCCAUCCAGGCGCGGCCGGUCACGCGAACCCGAGACCGGCAGCGUGCGGGAUGUGCUAUGCGAGGAAGCCGGACGUGCGGGAGCGCGUCAGGCUCUGCGUGAACGACGGGUGCUGGUCGAACGAGGACAGGUACCGCAAGGCGGUCGCGGCGCUGUGCGUCUGCGCGGACUGCGCGCACGCAGGCCCAGGCUCGGCGGAGUCAACGUCGAAUGUCGGCCCAUGCGAGUGCGUGUGUGGGCGGACGUGGCUCUGCGGGACGUGUUCGGACGAUCCCGAUGUCUGGGCGGGGCACUUCUCGACGUGUCCGAGGUGCAAGCAGCUGACGUGUCUAGUUCACAAGGCGUGUGGAGGCGCGGUCCCCUGCGAGGGCUGUCGGAGACCAAGGCUGUGCGACGAUUGUAUCGAGGUUGAGGCGGACGAUGAAAGCGAGGUGAGGGGAAGCAGUGAUGAAGCUCCAGCGCGGAUGACGGAUCUGUGCGGUUCCAAGAGCUACAUCUCUCCAGUGACGGCAGACGAUGUUGAGGUGACAUAUGUCUUUUCUGGCCUUCUGGACACUUGGAGAGACGUAGACAAAGAUCUUGCCGAGCACCUCGGGAGGGAGACAGCAGAUCGGGGCAAGGUUAUUGCGGCGGGUGCGGAGUUUCUGUAUGGCGUUGCAAUGCUCACGGAUUUUAUCGUCGAUCUGGGAGUAUUGAAGUUGGCGUUGACCAGCAUUCAACCAAUUGACAACCAUGACGAUCGACUGGAUGUCACUAUGCGCGUGAGUAACGACGAGGUUGCAGAUGACGCAAGCUACGACGAAGGUACCCAGCUAUGGUGCGUCGUCACUAUGUUCCCUCAAUCAGAGAUCCUUGACGAUUCACACUGCGCCAACGCCCCCACGGUUCCCGAGUUCAUCGGCGUCUUGAGGAACACCCCGGAGCUCCAAGUGCUCGAGCUCUACAAUGCUCUAUCUAGCUCAGGAGUACUGCCUUCCUCGUGGGACCAGGCACCUCUCGUAUCCCUUCCAGCUCUCCGAAAGCUCUAUAUAUACGACGGAUUUGAUCUCUUCGCAGAUCUUGUGUCUCAGUUAGACUUCCCUACAGACACAUACGUGAUGACUCGAACAGGCAUCACGGCCUUCCUCGACAGUACCUUUUCCGCGGGUCUAUCAGACACAUUUCCUCUCGUACCACCUCAUAUCUUCUGUCCUGUUCAGUCCUCCACAUACAGCCUAACAAUCUCCAUUCAUCCACUCACACUCGGACUAACGCUCGAGCACCAAGGGGAAGCAGCGUAUGAUGAUGUGUCGCACCAGGGGAGCCGUCCAUGGCCAUGUCGAUUCGACGGUAACUUCGGAUAUUUUAGCGAUGACGGCGAGGACGAUUUGCGCAAAUUCAUCAUCCCACUCUGCAUCGCCUUACCUCUCCACCACAUUCGAACCCUCCGUCUCGAUGUCAAGGCGGUGUUCCCAUUAGGCAAAAUCCCGUGGCGCGAUCUGUUCGCUCAUACCACACAGCUACGUGUCCUCGCGACUCAACUUCCUGACACUCACCUCCACCACCUGUUUGGCGCAUUGGCGUCGAAGUCAUCCUCGACGCCGGCGGCUGUACAACACCUCGAUGAGCUUCACAUAUUGGGCUACCGGGGACGUUCGCGUUUUGGUGGUUUCACUCCCCGCCUAGAGGUUACCGGUUUCCUUGAUACGCUCCGAGAACGUGCACAGAAUGGACUCUACCUCAAGCGAAUCGUGUUGGGCGCUGAUACCGACACAUCCAAUGCAUAUGUUGAUGAGUUACGCAAAGCUGUAGGGGAGGUAGCUUUGUAUUGAUCUUAGCCUUUGUGUAUGUUCAUGCGAGUACGAUAUUGGGAUUAAAUGGGUAAUAUGCAUGUCAUUGUACAUUUGGUAGGCGGUUCGCC